AUGUUCGGCUAUGACAACCCGCAGGCCACAUUCCCCGAGGUCCAGCUAUGCAGGGAGAUGAUUCGCCACACAUUUAAUAUCUCUAAUGAUUGCUACCGCAUCCGUUACCGUAUUGCGGCGUUGCAUGCACAACUCGUCAUAUCCGAGACCGCCCAGGACACCCUCCGAUGCGUGGGCAACUACGUGCUAUGCGUGUCAGACACCAUCGACGCAUGCUUCCAGCUGUUUCUCGCUAUACGGCGUACCAUAGAGUCCAACGACAUAUCCCUGGAGUCCGGUUUGGCGACCAUACACGAUCGUUACAGGUCGUUCAUACAGCUCCUAGCCGAGCUCGCGUCCAUGGAGGACCCCACGUUACGCUCUUUGGACUGUUUACAGAACUAUAUCGAUACGAAGCUAUCGUACCCGCCUGUCGUCCAUACUCUCGUCAUGCGUGUCCUCGGGCUUAAUUGGAGCCACAGGGAGAUCGUCCUCACGCAGGUUCCGCCUCUUCUGAAUGCGGCUCGCACCAGCGUGAAGGACAUCGCAGCCCUGACCGCCGAGCUCACGGUCCAGGGCACAGCGAUGACCGAACGCUUCGCUCUUUCGCGACUGGGCGAGGUCAAGACGCUCCCGGCCCAAGCCCGCAGCGAAGUUGGGUGGCUCUUCAGCCAGUCCUUCGGCGGUCUUCCCUUUUGGGCAGACAAAGCGAAGGUGCACGGAUCGUGUAUCUUGAAUUUGGCCGUACCCGUCCUGCCCAUAGAUUGUGCGCUCUAA